CCGCGCUCUCCCAUUCCGGGAUGUUCGCGCUCCCCCCGCUGCCCUCCAACACCUCUCAGUGCUGGGUCCCCAACGAAACGCAAACCGUAUUCGCUCCGGUUCCGGCGAGAGCUGGACUCGCCCGGGAGGUCAUCAAGUGGCUGCAGAGCCUGGACCUGCGAUUCCCCUUCAAAAACGUCAAGAAAGCCUUUUGUAAUGGUUAUCUUGUGGCUGAAAUCUUCUCCUGGUACUAUCCUCAAGAUGUUGAUAUCAAAGUUUUUAACAAUGGAGUCUCAUUCCCUUCCAAACUGAAGAACUGGUCACAACUGGAGCACUUUUUUUUCAGGAAAAAGUUGAAUAUUCCCAAGGAACUAAUUUAUGCUACAAUGCAUUCAAAACCAGGGGGAGCAGAGUAUUUGAUACAACACAUAUACACCUUGCUGACAAAUAGGCAAGCAAAGCUCAUCCUUGAUGAUGAACUGGACUUUAGGGACUACGGCUACCAGUUGAAGCUGCCUUUGAUUGCCAGGGCAACUGCCGCCAAUGCCAUUCGAACCAACCUGAGAUUAACUGAGCUGUUGGAAGACCCUGAUAUCUACACAAUCAACCAGAGGGCUCUGGCGAUUAUCAACAUGCACAUGCAACAUAGGCAACUAGCAAGACUGGAACAUCCAAAGCGUUAUAAUUUGAAACCCACACUGGGUGAGCGAGCAACAAGACUUCCACUCCCUCAAUAUCAAUAUGAGUGCCUGUACCCUGACAGCAAAAGAACAGAGACAGCUGAAUCAAAAUCCACCAGCUCAGAAAUCCGGAGUAAGAGCAAUGUUCACUUUAAGGAGAUCAAUGUGAAGCAGGUGGUUAGAGAUUCACAGUUACUGUCUGCAAACCAUCAAAGGUGCAACUUUGGACAGUAAAAAGGGUCUGAAUGGAGUUAACGAUGUUGAUAUUCAGUUCAUCAAUAAAACUGAACUGCAGCGUUUUUUUUAAAGAUGUAUGUUAAACAAAUUACUAUGGAAUACCAUUAACUAUACGUUACUCAAUUAAAUUAUGUCAACAAUUUUCCGAAGCCUGACAUGGCAGUAUUACCAGCAUUUCAGCCAUUGCUAAA